AUGACUGUAAGAAGUGCGGAAGGCGUCAUGGAUACAAAGUGUUUUGCUUUUGGGAAGUCCUGUAUCAAAUGUGGAAAAUUGAAUCAUUUUGCAGUGGGCUGCCGUGGUGUCACACAACUUCAUAAGGAAGUUAAUAAUAUUGGUAAGAAUGAAAAUAUUAAAGUUGUAAGCGAUAAUGAACCUGGCUAUAAAUUGUUUGACAUAAUGUCUGUUGAAAUAGGGAAUAUUAAUGCACAAUCAAAAAAAAUGGGGGGUCUGAAAUUGUUAAAUAUAAAAGAUGUAGGAUCAGUUGAAUUAGUAUGUGAAGCAAAUAAAGAAAACAUUUUUACCAGAUUCAUUAUUGUAGAUGAUAGUAAAACAAGAUGUGUUUAUGUGAUCUCAGGAUUAAAAACUUGUAUUAAAUUAAGACUGAUAAAUAGGUCUAAAGUGGAAAGCAUUGAAUCAAAUGUUUGUUUCAAUUCACUUAUAAAAGAUUAUAAAGAAGUAUUUAAUGGCGGACUAGGAUGUUUUCCAGGAGAAUACAAAAUUAAAAUUAAAGAAAAUAGUGAACCAAGGUUAAAUCCUCCGAGGCGAGUUCCAGACUCCAUUAAAGAAGAGCUAAAAAAUACAUUAUCUGAAAUGUGUAAAUUGGAUGUGAUAGUUAAGGUUGAGAGACCAAUGAGCUGGUCGAGUAACCUUAUAGUAGAAAAGCAGGAUAAGUCUCUGCGUGUUUGUUUAGAUCCUGUUGAGCUAAAUAAGGUAAUUAUUAGGGAUCAAUUUUUAAUCCCAACUCUUGAGGAGCUGAGACUAAAUCUGAACAAUAAAAAAUGGUUUACUUUAUUUGAUCUAAAAAAUGGCUUUUGGCAAAUAAAAUUGGAUGAGCAAUCAAGUAACCUGUUUACUUUUAGUACUCCUUUUGGGUUCUACAGAUUUACUAGAUUGCCUUUUGGACUCUUGUGUGCACCAGAAGAAUUUCAAAAAAGAAGCAUAAAGUGUUUUGGGGAUAUUAAAAAUGUGUUUAUAUAUUUUCAUGAUUUACUUAUAGCUACUGAGGAUGAAAAAACUCAUGAUUAG